AUGAAGCCACGGCGAUUACCACUAGACAGGCCCUGGCUAGCGGUACCAUUAGUGGUGGCAGUGAUGAUCGCCGUGGCAUUUUUAGUGGUAAACUUCAAGGUGGUCACGAUGAAGGCCGGGUUAAUUUGUGGGACGACAUCGGUGGUUGAGAGAAACGUUAUACCAAUACAACUUCAUGCCGUGCUACAUUACGCUACUACCCGUGACAUACCACAACAGUCUACUGCUGAGAUCCGGGUUAGCUUUGAUGUGUUAUUCUCUCUUUACCCUUGUAAUUUCUUGGUUUUUGGGCUGGGCCAUGAUUCGUUGAUGUGGGCCUCAUUUAACCCAAAUGGGUUCACCAUGUUCCUAGAAGAGGACCCUAAUUGGAUCAAGACGGUUCUAACCAAGGCCCCAAAUAUAAGGGUCUAUCCAGUGGGCUAUAAGACCCAUCUUUACGAUGCUAAGAAUUUGUUGGCCCAUUAUAAGGCUGAGCCCAAUUGUUUGCCCCCUAAGUUGCAUCUUCAAGGUAACACCAAAUGCAGGUUAGUCCUAAGUGAUCUACCAAAUGAAGUGUAUGACAAAGAGUGGGAUGUGAUAAUGAUAGAUGGACCAAAGGGGUAUCUACCGGACUUGCCGGGGCGGAUGGCAGCCAUCUACACGGUGGCAGUGAUGGCGAGGAUGAGGACGAGGCCAGGGGUAACCCAUGUAAUAUUGCAUGAUGUUAAUAGGAAAGUAGAGAGGGUUUAUGCUCAAAGGUUUCUUUGUAGAAAGUAUUUGGUAAAGGCUGUAGGUAGGCUUUGGCAUUUUGUUAUACCUCCUGCUUCUAAAGACCAGAAUCUAACGCCUGAUACAUUUUUCUGUUGA